AUGGUGUGCCCAAACACUCGUCCUAAAAAUGUGAACCAGCAUCCUGGUGAGAUCCUCCUCCAAAACAAGAGGAAAAGGCGCACUGCUCGUCAAAUCCAGGAAGACAACGACCAAGCCGAGCAUGAGCGGCAGGAGAAAGAAGCCGCUGAUCAACGCACCACUGAGAAGAUUGCGUCUAUUGAAGACAAGAAGGCAUUGAAGGACUUGAAGAUCCUUUUGCAUGCGCCAAAGCCUCGGCCUCGGGCGCGUCCUGUGUCGAAGUCGAAGGUGAGCCAGCCGAACAUUGAGGAUGACGAGGAGAUUGUAGAAGCAGCUGAGAUGGGGGAUGUCGAAAUGGAGGACGUUGCUGCAGGCGAUAAUGAUGGAGAUAAGGACUUUCAACCAAGUGAGGAGGAGAAUGAAGAGGUGCAGCCGAGGAAUAAGCGUGUCCAGAAGACAGCAUAUCGUGAGGCUGUCCAUGCUGAGCGAAGUGUUAAUAAUACAGGCAUCAACAUGACUCACAAUCAGAAUUCGAAGGUCGAUAUAUCAGAUCAGGCUGAUCCAACGGCACGUGGUGACCAGAAAGGCAAGAAAGGAGUUGCGGAUGUCUGCGCCGCCAAGGACGACUAUGCGGGGAUGGGGAAAACAAAGGACUGGGCUGAGAAACUUGCAACAAGCAAGUUGCUCCGCCCUCAACUUGAAAGCCUUCGCACUGAAUCACACAGACGGGUGUCUUCAAUCACCACCUCAACUGCUGUUUCAAGGAUCUUGAAAGUCACUAGCGCCAGGGCUAAUCCCACUGGCAGCCCGCACCCCACAAACAAUGUUCAAGUCAAUCUCGAAGAACCUACCACAGCGUUUCUGGACGAGGACGAUUCACUUGAGCGUGAGGCUGCUUUCAAGGCUACCAAAAAGCCUGGUGCCAGGCAUACGACUUCUGCGGAUAUAUUGGAAGUCAGUGAUAACAGUUUAUCACCGCCUCCAUUGCGACCAAAGAAACGCUCACCAAUAAUGGCAAGGACCGAGUCCUUAUCCUCCCCCCCUCCUCGUGCCCCUCCUUCUAUGCAACCAUCCAGAGCCACCGCCAGGUUCAUCCCGACUGAGCCCGUUACUGACUUGUCAAUGGACAUUGACUUUGGCGAGAGUGAGGACACAUCACCGCCCCCUGCUCCUGUAUCAGCAAAAGGCACCAAACGCCUAACAACUUCAACCGGCGUCAGCAUCAAUAGCCAGCCCCCCCCUUCGAAACGAGCAAAGACAGAGCCGCAGAGCAAGAGUGUCAUGUCACGCCGCGAUGGCAGUGGCGCCAAUCACCGGUACCAGAACGAUGACCUUCCUGAGGGAUGCCAGGAUGGUAAUACCUGGCGCCGGGUGUUCAUACCAACUGUCGCACACUGGGCUGAUCUGGUGCCUGUUUUAAAAGUGGCCAAACAACGCCUUAUGGAAUGGCGUGGAGGGUUCGGUAUCGCAGCAUGCUCCAUCCUCACUGCAUUUUUUGCGCAGGACGCUGAUUUUUUGGAUCCUGCGGCUCGCGAGGACUUUUCAAGGGCCAUGCUGAAGCAUAACCAGUUCAUUUUCAGGGAUAAUUCAGGACUCGUUCCCAAGGACUGGACGGGUAUGUGGAGAUCCCCCUUCGUACUUCAGACAUUCACAUCACACCUCAAUUUCACCUUCGGCCGUGUUGAAGUCCCCAACCUUGACACCGAGAGCAUUAGCGCGCGGGCUGCAUUUGCCCUCGCCGUUACUGCUGUUUAUCGUACUCUUCAGCUCAUCAUUGAUGGGAACCUCACCUUCGAAGUCGUUCAAGAAUCCCGCGGCAAACACAAAGGUGCGAAGACCGAUGGCGGCGAUAUCUGGACCCCCAUCAUCAUGAAGGGCGAGCAGUUUGCUUUCAGCAAACCUAUCUGGGGGCACAUGACCGUCAAACUCAUGGGCCCCAUUGUGGUGCUUUCCGAUGAUGCCUUCGCGAGCAUUGUUGGGGAGGCACAACAGUAUGCCAAGCACGCGAAAAAGCAUCGGGAACUCGAGGACUACCACCAGUGA